GUCUUUCGACGUUACAGACGGUGACUGUACAAGGGGAACACGCAUGCGCUGUUGCAACCACCGAGCCGCAGACGAUCAGAGCUGGGCUCUGAAAUAGAGAAAGAACAAAAAGAUGAGUGCCAAGGUUAGCAUGGAAGCUCCACCUAAAGAACCCGAUUGCAUUGCUUUGGACCCAUCCUCCUCAUCUCCCUGUAAGGCUGUUCUCCUCUGUGAGAGUGAGACGGUGGCCAAAAACACUCAGCCUCAGCCCCAUUCCACCACAGCUUUUCUCCUACCAGCUCCCAGCCAUCAGAAGAUAGAAGUGACAUCGCCUGUUGGGGUAGGAGAACUUGGUAAAGGAAGCAGGGCUAAUGAGACAUCCACCCCCACCCUGACAGCACAGGUAGGCGGGGCUUGUAGCAUUGUCCAUGUCCUAGAGUGGAAGGAGGGAAUGGCUAUUCUGCCCAACAGCAACCUCAAGUUUUGUGUGAGUGAUGUAGGAACAUUGAGCACACUGAUCACCCCAGGGACCACCAGUACCAUCACUGAGCCAGCAGUCAGGACUCCUGUGAGAUCCACUGACACAGAAAGUCCUCCAGCAUGCAAGUCAGAUGGAUCUGCUCCUGUUUCUUCUAUGAGAGGUGUGACUGUGGAGCCAGAUAUGUUGAUGACAGGCAAAUCUGAGGUCCAGGUUGGACCAGGACAACACAACCAUGACCCCAGAGCUCAGAGGAUCUAUACUGAGGAGCUCCGCAGAGAACCGAUGACUGACAAGAGAAGUGUUGGGGUUGAGAAGGUGCCAGCAGGUGGGAGAGCCACUUCCCUUAACACUGAUCACCUGAAGCCCAUGAGGAAGAGAAAAAGGAAGGAAUAUCUGAGCCCCUCUGAGGAAGACUCUGAUGUAGACUGCAGGGAUGAGAAAAUGGAUUACUCCAAAGCAGACAUCAGACAAAUCCGAGCUGAAGACAGUAAGACAGAGCAGUGGACAUGGGCUCAGUAUCUGAAGGAAAAAAAAGCUGUUGCUGCACCCAGUAUGCUUUUCCAAGAGUCCCAGAGAGUGCCAACAUUGAAGAAUGGCUUUAAACAGGGGAUGAAGCUGGAAGGAAUUGACCCACAGCACCCAUCCAUGUACUUUGUCCUUACUGUGGCAGAGGUCUGUGGUUACCGGUUGCGACUCCAUUUUGAUGGCUACUCUGACUGUCAUGACUUCUGGGUGAAUGCCAAUUCCCCUAACAUCCACCCUGCCGGCUGGUGUGAGAGCACGGGACAUAAACUGCACACUCCUAAAGGUUGUAAAGAGGAGGAGUUCACUUGGACAAACUACCUGAAAAUGACUAAAGCACAAGCGGCUCCCAAAGAACUUUUUUCCAGUCCUGGGAGGAUCGAUGUAAAAUGCGGUUUUGAGAUAGGACUGAAGCUGGAAGCUGUAGACCGUAUGAACCCAUCCCUCAUCUGUGUAGCAACUGUGACUGAUGUGGUCGACAACCAUUUUCUGGUUCAUUUUGACAACUGGGAUGAUACAUACGACUACUGGUGUGAUUCAAGUAGCCCAUACAUUCAUCCCAUCGGUUGGUGCCAAGAAAGGGGCCUGUCACUAACACCACCUCAAGAUUAUCCAGACCCGAGCCAGUUUUCUUGGUCUCGCUACAUGGAAGAGACAGGCUCCAAGGCAGUGGCAGCUGAUGCCUUUAAAGUGCGAGCAGCCCACAGCUUCCAUCUUCAGAUGAAACUGGAGGCAGUGGACAAGAGAAGUCCUGGUUUGAUAAGAGUGGCUACGGUGGAAGAGAUCGACACUCAUCGCAUUAAGGUCCAUUAUGAUGGUUGGAGUCAUGUUUAUGAUGAAUGGAUGGACUCCGAUCACCCUGACAUUCACCCAGCCGGCUGGUGUGAGGCAACUGGUCACCCACUAAAAGUUCCCCCUCGUGAAGCCAAAAUGCAGCAGCUGCAUGGAAUAAGGGAACCUCCUGCAACAGGCCAGUCUACCUACCCCUCCUCUGUUACCUGUAAACCAAUCAGCCACCCUAGAACCAACAAAUACAGCUUCCACAACAGGAAGUGUCCAACCCCUGGGUGUGAUGGUUCAGGCCAUGUCACUGGCCGUUUCACUGCUCAUCAUUGUAUAUCUGGCUGUCCUUUGGCUGAGCGCAACCAGGGUAGGCUAAAAGCUGAUCUGUCUGACUCUGAGUGCAAGAGGAAUCUCUUCUUUGGACAAAGGACCAAGAAGACUCAUUACCGUGGCAGGAUCGGCCGUCCUCCCAAAUACAGGAAGAACCAGCAAAGAGAGUAUCAGAGCCUGACUUCAGUGGGAAUCUAUCCUUCACUAUUCAUGUCAGCUUUAAGCGGUCAGUCGGACAGGGCUCUGUCUCUGUGCUGGGAGCAGCACUGUAAGCUGCUUCCUGGCGUACAGGGCAUUCAUGCCAGCCAGGUAGCAGCAUGGGGCAUUGAAGAGGUCUUCAUGUUUGUACAGAAUCUAACUGGCUGUGAAGAACAGGCACGCCUCUUCAAAGAGGAGAUGAUUGAUGGGGAGGCCUUCUUGCUGCUGACACAGACGGACAUUGUGAAGAUCAUGAGCAUCAAACUAGGCCCUGCCUUGAAGAUCUCCAACGCCAUCCUCAUGUUUAAGAGCACAGACGAGGGACUCAAGUGAUCAUCUGUCACUCAUCAUGGGUAUUUAGCAGCCAAUCAUCAUGUGCCAAAUAUUUUUUUUUCUCAUGUCUUUAGUGUCCUUUACCCAGAGAGAGGGAGAGGGUUGGGAGUAUUGUUAAAAAGUGAGAGAAAGAUAGGGGUAGCCAUCCUACCAACAUAUCCUCUGCCAAUCUGUGUGGUCUAUAAAGCUAAUGUGUUAUUUCAAUAUCCCCUACCUGAAAAGAAUAUGAGGUGUUAUUGGUACUAAAUCAAUACAGACAAUGUGUUUGUGGAUGCAGAACACAGAUUUAACAAAUCUGUUGUAGUACCUUGCUCUGGGUCGCCUUCUUAAGACCUGGCAUUCUGGAUACACUCAUGGCUAUGCAGGCAACACAAAACUACUUAUUGUUAUACUUCCUGAAUAAAUGAAGGUGUAUGGCCAUACACUUUGACAGAGCAGUGUAAUGCAGUAGAUUAGGCUGGACUGUAAGGCUCCUACAAGCCUCAAGUUUUGUGCAAUAAAAUAGUUGAGAAGAAGGACUGUAUAUGGUUACAGCUCCUUCAUUAUAUUAGAUUAAUUCUAACUCAACAACAUGAUAACAGUAUUCAGACAGCUGGAAAAGUCAAGUUAAAGUUAAAGUUUACAACACACCCUUUUUUCUGAAAAUGUGACUUAGUGAUUUAGGAAUUAUUGUUUACGGUGUAUGUAAAUGUAUGUAGAAUUUGACUCAGAAAACAGAGACAACAGCGUUUGACUUUUGAUAAACAGAAGAUCCUUAAUUAUUUAUUAUUAAAAAAAUCUAUAUAUAUGAAAAUAAAAAUUUGCAAUGACAUUUUAGAACAACUGUGAGGCCAAAAUAGAUUUUACACAAUGAUAUUCUCCACUGUGGUCACAAGGGAGAGCACAAAUCCCCAUAUUUGCAUGGAUUUGUUUUUUUUGUUUGUUUGUUUGUUUGUUUUUUUACUUUUUUUUACUUUGGGCUUUUUUGCCUAUGUUUAAACAGGACAAUAGAUAGAGAAGGAAAUCAGGGAGAGAGAUUGUGAGAAGGGGGGCAAUAACAUAGAGGAAUGGAGCCGCAGGUCGGACUUGAAACCCAGGCCACCAGCUAAAAGGACUAUAGCAUCCACAUAUGACCUGCUAGGUCAUCUGUGUUUUGUGGAUUUGGUAUCGCUCCCAAGAAGUUCUUUGCUGUUUACAUUUCAGUUUACAUGUUUACAUUUAAUGUCAGAUAUGGUUAAGUGGUGAAUGGAUUUCAUGUUUUGUUAUGGUUAUUUUAAUGGAAUGUUUAAGGGCUUUUGGAAUUCAACUUUGUGUGUUUCUCUGGUGGGAUAUGUGCGUGUGUGUGUGUGGGUGGGUUUGCAUGUGUGUUUGUGUCAAGAUAAUCUUGGGUCGCACAUGUCAUUCAUUCCAUAUGAAUUAAUAA